AUGGAGGAGCCAACCAAAUCUAACCCACCAAUGCCACAACUGCCCAAAUCCUUCUCCACUGACAGAUUACACAACACCACACACUUGCAUCCUGGCUCUGCGAAUCCCAUGCCGCCAUUGUCUUCCACCGAGAAGUAUCAGACUCUACCUGCACUUUCCUUGCCUAGGAAGAAAGAUGAGUUAUGGAGUGUUUUCAGAUCAUUAGAUGGCGACUACACUAAAUUCCAGUCCAAGUCAAGCACUCUGAAAGCGAACGUAGUCAGAUCUUCGCUACUACCCUUCCUACGAAACUAUGCCGACCAUCCAUCGAAUCUCACACUAAGAGCAGAAGACUUGGAUCGACGCACAAACAUCCUCAACAAGUGGUGGACUGGCCUUCUGGAUAUGCUUCAUGGAAGAAACAAUCAGUCUAUUUCAGGCACAGACCGUCCAGCCAUCUUGGAUGGUAUAUCAGGCAUCAUGGACCGCCAGGAAUGGCGCUUGUCCCCAUCGCCUCUCUGUCCUCUUGAUCGAAGGACCACUGUUGUGCCUGUGAGGAACAAGUCUACGACUUCCCUGUCUUCGAGCGGUCUCGAUUUCUUGACCGAGUCCGUUCACCACAACGUGCGAAACAUGUUUGUGCAAAACCUCAACUCACAGAUGGCCUUUGUGGUUGAUAGGAUGUCGCUCAAGAAUGCUUCUGCCAGUCUGGUAACAUUCUGUGGAAAAGCUACUGCCUACGCCUUUUUCUUCUGCCCAGGAAUCGCUGAGGUGCUUGUGCGCCUCUGGGACGCACCUACGGAAAUCAUGCGAAGAGUUCUUUCAGAAAGUGGUGUGAGCAGAUUUGACAAUCUUGCUGAGGAUGCUGCAAGGAUCAACUCGGCCUUCCCCCCUGCCAUGCAGUCCUUGGGCUUUGUCUCGUUAGGAAAGAUGGUCAAACAUCUCAGAACACAGACACCUUUGCCACUUGGAACAGCAAACAUUCAAUGGUACGGCUAUUGGCUCGAGCGAUGGUCAGGUCGUGAAAGCGACCUUUUCUUCGCCUUUGUCAAGCACUUUCAUAUUCUAGUCGCCGACUACCUGCCGUCGGAUGCUACCAAGAAAGAGAGAAUCUGCGUCCCAGGUCUACUCUUUGUACACUCUCAGAUCUUGGUCAACCUUGAUUCUACUAUUCACCGUGAUGCUGGUCAAUUACACGGUGAUUCAUCAAACAAUAUUUCUCCUACGUUUGACGACGUCCUGGUUGAUCCAGACGCAGUCGCGUCAACUUUACCCUUACCACCUACUAAUGCUAUCCGAAUUAUGGCGGAAAAUCGCCUAAUAAUGCUAAUUCGAGACUUCCUAUCAGAGAGAGCCUCGGAGCAUCCUUUUGCUCGACAACUCUUUGCAGAGUCCUUUGCAUCUCUGCUGCAAGCCGGCGCACGUGGCAUAUCUGUUUAUGACCAUCUAGCCUGCUAUACCCUUUGCGAUUUCUUGGAAGAAGCGUUUGCAAUCAUCGUUCGAUACGAACAGAUGCAUCCCUCGCAGUCAUGUCUCCUUGACUCGGAUUUCUGGAUCGACGUGUGCAAGAGAAUGGUUUUCAGCCAAAACACCAUGACCGAGAUCAGAUUGUUCGCCUUCCUUUACACAAUCUGGAGCACGGUCAACAGCAGCCCAGAGCGCAAGACCAAGAUGUGCAUCGACCUCCUACUCGAUCAAGAAGUCUUUGACAAGACCUUCAACCAUUGGUGUCCCAUGGUCCGCGCUUACUACAUGCGACUACUUUGCUGGCGUGUUGGUCGCUACGAUGGGGAGGAGUCUACAUGUGACAAGCUGAUCUUUGAGACACUGCUGCAACGUCUACAGGUCGUCUGGUCACACUUCUUGUGGCAAAGACAACAAGCCGCUCAGGGCAAGAUGUUACCCCCUUCAACAACUCCUUGCAAUCCUGCUCCUAGCAGACGUUUGUUGAUCAUUCGUACUGAUACUCAGGUUGCACCGGGUGGCUCUUUCUUGGCCUUCGACGGAAUUGUGCCACCGCAUCCAUCGGCUCCGAUCGGUGCGCCCAGCCAGACAUGGAAAAGAGAUUCUGUCAUCUCUCAAGCAGCUUCACUAGAUAUCCGACCCACUUCGUCGGCGUCUUCUUCUGACUUUGGCAUGGAAACCGAGCGCCCUGAAAGUGGACUUCGUGGCUUCCUUCGUAACAUAAUGGGAGGCAAGAGCCGAUCGAAGGCCGCAUCUGCCUCGACGGCUAAGAAUUCCCGUUCAGCAACAACCGCUACCCAGGCACCAAGAGCGCGUGCCUCUGCUAUGAAGCAGUCGCCUCUAACAACACCUCAUGCCAGUCGAGGUCCGUCGCCGAUCAGGCACCGAAACUUUUGCUUCAAGUUCUCGCUCGAGAUGCAGCACAAAGCACACCACCCUACCGCCAUGCGCCUAGCCCCACCUCGGCUCCCCUUGGCCGCACACCUCUAUCUCCAAGAAGCCAACGAUGAAGAGGUUGUCAUCAAGGCUGCUGAACCCAUUGGUGAGGCUAAAGCUCAAUCAGUAUACUCUGGCCGAGCUCUAGCUGAGUGGGUAUGCAUCCUAAUGGAGUGCCAGGGCUUCUUCGAGCGCAGAAAGGGUGAGGGAGUGCCAUCCAACAAGCAUGUCGAGACACCAACUCUAGGUGUUGAGGUCUUUGGCAAGGGCAGAUGA